AGAAAUUCUCAGUUAUUAAAUAAUUUAGAAUUCAAUUAGAACAGGAUAAAUAAAAAAAAUGAGUGCAGCGGCUUUAGAGAACUUGUCGGAUAAGGCAAGAGUCCUUUAUGACAGAAUGUCAGACGAUUGUUCUACUUUUUACGAAACUAAAGAAUUGCAAAAAUUGAUUAAUAUUAAAAAACAACUAGAUUUAGUUUCAAUUCUUGAAGAAUUAAUGCAAUUUAAAUUAAUUAAGCCCGGGAAGCAAGGAGAUGUUUUGAAAUUUCGAGCUGUUUCAAUUGAUGAUGCAUUAAAAGUGUCAAAUAUGACCAAAGUUGAAGCCAUGAUAUAUUCACAUAUUGAAGCAAGUGGCAGAGAGGGUAUUUGGACCAAGACCAUAAAGGCAAAGACCAAUUUACAUCAGCAUAUUGUAUCAAAAGCACUCAAAUCGUUGGAAAGUCAAAGGUAUAUAAAGAACAUUAAAAGUGUAAAGCAUCCCACAAGGAAGAUUUACAUGCUAUAUAAUUUGCAACCAUCGAUUGAUGUCACAGGAGGUCCAUGGUUUACAGAUAAUGAAUUGGAUAUUGAAUUUAUUCAAACAUUGCUAAAAGUUAUAUGGAAUUUUGUCGCGAUAAAGACAUUUCCGAAUUCAUUUCCAGAUUCAAAUGAUGUUAGUUUAAACUAUAUUCAGCAAUUGUAUCCAGUGAGUUAUAAUAACUAUCCUAGCAUUGAAGAUAUAUUGAAAUUUAUUAAAAAUUCUGAGAUAACAGAGGUUUCAUUAUCUUUGAAUGAUAUUCGAUCAUUGUGUAAUGAAUUGGUUUAUGAGGAUAGAUUCGAGAAAGUUUUAUUAACUGGAAAUUUCAAUAUUAAAGAUGACAACAACAAUAAUAAUAACAAUAAUAACAACAAUAAUGGACAGGAAAAAUACAAGGCAACUUGGCAAAGUGUUUUAGAAGAAGGCAGAGGAAUCAAAUUGGAUUCCAAUGCUUAUGAAGUUCGAGAAAAUAAGUUUAGUGUUUUUGAUUAUUAUAGUUUAGUUCCACCUAAUCAAGCUGAUGAUCCAGAUAUUAUGUAUUUAGAUAAUUGGUUGAAUUUAUGAAAAAUUGAAGAAUCGAAGAAGUGAUAAAGAGAGGAAAUAAAAAAAAAUAAAAAAAAAUA